AAGUGCGGGUUGUUUUCGUUCGCUCGGUUCCCCUCCUGUCGAAGAUGAAAGGCGGCGGCGGCGGCGGCGGCAGGAGCCACCAUUGGCAAAGUUAAAAGCGAGCUCUGCCCGCCAGAAUCUCGGUUGCAGAUGGAGGCCUUGGAGUGGGACUCGCUGAGGAACGGCAGCCUCCUGCCCACUCUGAGCCCGGCUGUGCCUCCCUACGUGAAGCUGGGUCUCACCGUUGCCUACACCGUCUUUUAUUCGCUCCUCUUCCUGUUCAUUUACAUCCAGCUCUGGCUGGUCCUGCACUACCGGCAUAAGAGGUUUAGCUAUCAGACGGUCUUUUUAUUUCUGUGCCUGCUCUGGGCUUCUCUUCGGACGGUGCUCUUCUCCUUUUACUUCAAAGACUUUGUCGCUGCAAAUUCUCUCAGCCCCUUCGCCUUUUGGCUCCUCUAUUGCUUCCCGGUGUGUCUCCAGUUUUUCACCUUGACGCUGAUGAACCUUUACUUCACCCAGGUGAUUUUCAAAGCUAAAUCUAAAUACUCACCCGAGUUACUUAAAUACAGGUUACCUCUCUACCUGGUGUCUUUCAUGGUCAGUCUACUUUUCCUGCUGGUGAAUUUAACAUGUGCUGUGCUUGUGAGAUUAGAGAAUUCAGAAAGGAAGAUAAUUGUAUUGGUCAGGGUUGCUAUAAAUGACACUCUGUUUGUACUCUGUGCCAUCUCACUCUCCGUUUGUCUCUACAAGAUUUCCAAAAUGACCUUAGCAAAUAUUUACUUGGAAUCCAAGGGAUCAUCAGUAUGUCAACUAACAACAAUAGGAGCAACUGUUAUUCUACUGUAUUCUUCAAGAGCCUGUUACAACCUGGUUAUUUUAUCAUUUUCUCAAAGCAAGGCAAUGAACUCUUUUGAUUAUGAUUGGUACAAUGUAUCUGAUCAGGCAAAUCUGAAAUGCCAGCUGGGUGAUGCUGGAUAUGUAGUAUUUGGAAUAAUCCUGUUUGUGUGGGAACUUCUCCCCACUUCCUUAGUGGUGUUUUUCUUCCGUGUUCGAAACCCUACAAAAGACCUAACAAACCCAGGAAUAGUACCAACUCAUGCAUUUAAUCCAAGAUCUUAUUUCUUUGACAAUCCUCGCAGAUAUGACAGUGAUGAUGAUUUGGCAUGGAGCAUAUCACCACACAGCAUAUAUGGCAGCUUCUCUCCUGAAUCCUGUGACUGGGGGUAUCUAAACAACAGUUUCAUGGUUCAAGUUAGAUCCCUGCAGCAUGAUUUCAUUUCAGAGUCUGAACGACCAAGCCCAAUGUAACAGACCAAUGAUACUCCAUCUUUUUUAUUCAACUGUAGUAAGAAGCUGUUACUUUGCAAAGACUUACAUACUUAAAUUAUGCACAAAAGAACUGAGUUGCCAUUUAUAAUAAAUGUUAAAGAUUUGAGUUUUAAAGAUUUGAGCUGCAGAGAAUAAUAUUCUGUAUUUACAAUUUUGAAAAAUUGUUUGAAAAACUCAAUUUUGAAAAAAAUUGUCAAAUAUUUUUAAUGUGAAUAUGUAUAGACCUCGUGCUGUUUAAAAUGUUAAUUUAAUGAUACAAUAUGAUGCCCAGUGAAACCUACCUUUUGACCAAUGUUAACAUGCAAAUUUAAACAUUUAAAAAGUAUUAUCAGUUUCAGAAAACUGGUCAUUAAAAUAGUUUUGUAUACACUUGAUCAUGCGUGUGGUGGCAAAUGGAUUGUGAUGCAUGUGGUAGCAAAUGAAUUGUGAUUACUAAGAAGUAGCUAAUUUGGUUUUUUGUUACAUAAAACCCUAGUGUUAUUGAAGAAAUGGUAAAUUCAAAUCUUUAUCAAAUUUGAGUAGAGAAUUAAAAAUAUAAAAUAAAAAACAAAUUUUGAGACAUCAGAAUUAGCUUUUGAUACAUGUAAAAUCUUUUGUUUUCUUGUUAAUUUCAUAGCUAGCUUUAGGAGUUAUUUAAUCUUUAAUCAUUUAGGAAGACUGAAACAUGCAAUUGUUUUAUACGUUACUGGAGAAAUAAUGUGAACCUAUUAUAUAAACCUGCCCCAAAUUAUCUGUAGCUCCUGAAAGUAUUUUAUUAAUAAUUAUCUGAAUAUCAUCUGAUUGAAGAUCUGA